AUGCCACCUUACGCGCCGCCCGGUGGCGAUCAUUUGGACGCUCUGAAUGGCCAGCGUCUGCCUUCCGAUCCUGAUCACUGGGUCAGGGCAUGCAUAGUUCAUGGAAUUCGGCAUAAUGAAGCAUUUGCAAACUCUGAGGCUGUGCGGAAGCUCUGCUUGAAAUCAGACAACAGGUCUUAUGCCCGCGCUCGCAACGCGCGUCUCAUCAUGAGCAACAUCGUGCCAGAGAUGUUGACGGACGACGACAUGCCGUACUGCAUCUGGUACCCGCAUGUGGCAAGCGAGGAGACUUAUCGCGAACUGGCAGAGCGCCACCCCGGAAUGCGGUAUCUUGUCGGCCGGGCAUGUGCGGUUGCAGGCUAUUCCAAGCUCUACGGCGAGCUCGAUAUUCUUCCCGAAGUCUCAAUAGCAGAGGAAGCUAGAGACAACUCAAGCAGCGAGGGUUCCAAAGCUAUUUUUGAUGCCAUUAUGAGACAGCCCAUCUGCUACAAAGUUCUCGAUGACUACAAACGGCGUCUCAACGUGGACAACCCAUCAUCACCAGCCUGGAUGAACGGCGAUAUAGCCGUCCGAUCGUCGUUGAACGUCCGGCUCGGGCCAGACAAGUACGAGGAAUGGGGGCUGCACUACUUCAACAUCACCGAAGACUACAACAUCGAUCGAGCCUCAUCAGAAAUUACUAAUCAUGAGCCGCUCGCCGCUGAAGAUGUCGCACUCUUCUACACGCCUCUACUCUCGCACCUGCCGACCACCAACAAAGACGCGUUGAUUCUCAUGGCAGCUUACGAGGGCAACUUGGAACGCUACGUACGUCUUCGCAGGCCGGUGAUGCUCCACGACGAGGCCAGGGCCAUUGUCCGGGGCAUCUACCACAAUACCACUUUUGCCAAGUGGUGGUCGCUUCAGGAAGUCCAGCCGGGUCAGCGCUUCAUCAAAGCCGCCUACAUGGCACGAUUCAUCAUGGUCAACGACUUGUCGCUCAUCACGCCGAGCAGUCCUAUCCGGGGCGAUAUGCCCUCCCUGAUAUGGUGGCCGUUGGUUCCGAGGGAGGCAACGCUGAAAGAGCUUGCGCACCGGCGGCCGGACAUGAAGUUACAGGUGGCGAUGGCGUGUGUCGAAGGCGACUAUAGGGUUCUUUGGGAGGAGCUCGCCCCAGAGCCUUGCGAGGAGCUUUGGGAGCAGGCGCGUCGGCAGCAGAACGAUAGCUGGCCCAGCAGCCCAAACCGGAACUACUACGUCGACUACUUGGAGGGGCGUGCCAAGGAGCUGGGUGUCAGCGUCCACAGAACAGAUAAUGCCACCAAUUGUCUGGAUGCGGCGGUUCGCGACAAGGAGCCCACGACGUUCUGGCUGAGCACGUACGUCGCCGGGCGUCCCUAUGUAUUGGUGGACUCCAACCCCGGCGGAAGCAUCUAUCCGGGUGGAACACAGGCAAAUGCAGCUAGUUGGGAGUUGUUGAUGUGCUCGAGUGAGGAGCUAAGACGUGAGGCAGAGGAUGGGGGCGAGUUCAUGCUAUACAACGAUUACUUGUUUUCCGAUAAAGAGUGA